AUGUCGGGUCGACCGCAUCGUGCGACCCACAGCAGGCUCCCGACAAGGCUCUGGAAACUCGUGAUCGUCAGUCGUUCUGCCGUGCCGGCUCCCCGCGCGGGAAGCGGCAGCGCGUCGGUGCUCUCUGACUCGAUCGACGCUUCGUCACUUAGUGGUGAGCGCACUGCGUUCGCCUUCUCCAGACGGUUCUCGUGA